AUGAUUUUUAACAAGGCCUUCGCGGCCGUUGUUACAGCUGCUAGCUUGCUUGUACAAGAUGCGAUAGCUCACAGAGGCCUUAUAACAGACUCCCUGAAACGGAGCCCGUAUGUCGUCCGUAGCUCGAGUCGAACACCCUGUUAUACGAACACCAUCGCACCGGGUACAUGGCCCACUCGUCCCUUCGAUGUAUCCUUCGUCAUCUCUACUACCCAGCAAAAGGAUCCGCUUGUCGCUGGAACCGAACCACGAUCUAAUCUGGCGGAGACGCGACGAUUCAUUUUCUUGCCGCUGAUGGCUCUGUCCGCCGAUCUCAGCCUAUCGAGAGGCAAGACCACCGGCUGUUCAGGGGCGAGAGCUUUGUUCGGCGAGACGGGGAGUCGGAAUGGAAGCAUGUGGGCUGGAGUCGGAUUCAAGGUGCGCCGCGACCGACUUUCGGUCAGCGGGGACCCAGAGCUUGACGAUGGCGAUGACGAGUACAUGGUUGUUUGGAGGGAUACGGACAUCCAGUCUCCGGGACGCGAUGACUUGAAGCGUGAUUUGGACGGUGCGGUGACGUGCGGCUCAGACAAUCUCCUACACAACAAGCAUGAGAACAACAUCGUCUAUCGAAGCAUGGAUGAGGCGAUCCCGGACACAUCGGCCUGGCAAAUCAGCCCGAGGGCAUUGUUUGGACGUCAAGCCGACACGUCAGGUGGUAACGGCGCCGGCCGAGCCCUCGGAUCGGAAAAGGCUGUGACGGAUAACGUCCUCCAGCUAGUGAACGCGGCAUCGCAACUCUACGAGUCCACUUUCAACAUCUCGUUAGCCCUCCAAAACCUGACCAUCAGCGAUGCCGGGUGCCCUAGUACGCCGCCACCGUCAGCGCCCUGGAACAGGCCUUGCAACGACGGUACGGACGUCGACGCCCGUCUCAGCCUAUUCUCACAGUGGCGAGGGCAGUGGCAAGAUACCAACGCCUUCUGGACCCUCUUGUCUACCUGUGGUUCUGGGCCCACGGUCGGUCUAGCGUGGCUCGGCGCCGUCUGUCAACAAGGGUCAUCGACGCGGGGCAACGAGACGAGUGCGUCCGCCAACGUUGUUGUACGAACCUCGACCGAGUGGCUGGUGUUUGCCCACGAAACGGGCCACACUUUCGGCGCGGUGCACGACUGCGACUCGAGGACAUGCAACGACGGAAGCGUCCAGAGACAAGAGUGCUGCCCGCUGGGUACGGGUACCUGCGACGCCGACGCGCAGUUCAUUAUGAACCCCUCGACAGGCAACGGCAUCACCCAGUUCUCGCCCUGCAGCAUCGGUAACAUUUGCAGUUUCCUCGGCCGCACUCCUAACCGUGUGUGCGACCCAAGCAGCGAAGAAUGCUGCACCUCGCAGUGCAGUUUCAUGAACAACGGCACCGUCUGCCGCGCCAGCACGGGCUCCUGUGACCCGCAAGAAACCUGCUCUGGCAAUUCCGCCGGCUGCCCUGCCGACCUCAGCGCCCCCGACGGCCAGUCCUGCGGCGACAACGGCCUCCAGUGCGCCUCGGGCCGCUGCACGUCGCGCGACCAGCAGUGCGCUACCUUCAUGGGCGCGGAUACGACCACGUCCUGUUCGUCCUCGGGCUGCGGCCUGUCGUGCCACUCGUCCAAGCUUGGCGCCAACCAGUGCUACGUCCUGAACCAAUACUUCCUCGACGGCACCCCCUGCGAGGGCGGCGGCCGCUGCGACAACGGUAACUGUGUCGGGUCUUCCCUCACCCAGCAGAUCCUCGACUGGAUCAACAACAACAAGCAGAUCUCCAUCCCCGUCUUCUGCGUCGGCGGCGGCCUCCUGCUCCUCGUCCUCAUCAGCUGCUGCUGGUCCUGCUUCUCCCGCCGCUCUCGCUCCCGCAAGGCCGCCCCCUCCCCGCCCCGCGGCGGCUGGGGCGGAAACCCUUACUACGGCGCCCGCGGCGUGCCUGGCGGAGGCGGUCCCGGCGGCGGUUCCGGCAGCGGCGGCUCCACGCCCAUGAGGCCUGGUCCUUCCUACGCACCGGUGCCCCCGCCCCCCCAGGGCACGGCGGGCAUGGGCCCCGGCCCGGACCCCUAUUAUGGGCAGCAGGGUCAGCAGCAGGGACAGCGGUGGGAGCCGAUGCGUACGCAGAGUUUCCGCUAUGCGUGA